GCAGCCUGAAGGGCUGUGCAGGCAAUAUAAAAGAGCCAAUUCUCCCUUUUAGUAAACACAUUACUUGGAUCUGAUGGGAAUCUAACGGUGAGAAAGCUUCUACAUUAAGUCAAGGUAGAGUUGACACUCGGGAAUUUCCUGAGCCACAAGGAAUAUUAAACAUCAGAUGAGAGGAAAUUAACUUUCCAAAUAGACACUCCAACUCACGUAUUGAACUAAAAAUGCCUGGACGAGGACGUUUUCGGGGUCGGGGGCGUGGUCGUAGGAGCGGUCAUGGGGGACGUAGCUAUCAAGGGGCUCAACAGACUGCUCAGGAUGAUGAAUGGAAUAUCACAGAAACAGCUUCUACAGAUGAGGAAUUUGAGAAACGCCCUGAACUGCUCUUCACAUCCUCCAAAGUGACCUAUGAACAGCACUUAACUGCUCAGGAAAACUACAGGAAUGUUUAUCUUGCAGCCAUGAAGGUUCUUCUUGCUAAUGGUGUCAACAUCUCGCAAGGCAUCAAAGUUCGUGCAUUGGCUGUAGCAUGGGCCAGGAAGGACCAUACCUUAGCGGAAACCUUUCUGAAGGACUCUGAAACCUUCACAAUGGCAGAGAUUCUAAAGGCUCUUACUCUCCUGGAUUCAGGGCGUCGAAUCCGAGAGAAAGAACGUCGCCUAAGGCAGCUUCAGGUCCACAUACAGGAGAGGGUCAAGGUCAACCCAAAGAAAAUGUCAAAGGUCAAAUCAGAUAUUGACAACCUGAAUGCCAACAAGCCAAAGGUUGGUUCUGUGAGUGGAGCUCUGAGUCGUCAUAUCCGGCGUUGGGUACGAAGCCUUUCUGGUGCUCAACUGGAAUUCUAUGCCCUUCACUAUCCUAAAGAACCAUGGAAAACUCUGGCUGAUAUAUGCCAUCUUCAUCCCCAAAAGGACUUUCCUGAGAAGCCAUGGUUCCUGUCAUAUUGUUUUGGUGAGCCAGCACCAAGUGAAAGCUUGGUUGCUAAGUGUGUUGGUAUGAAUGCUGAAAAUAUCAAUGAACUUGUAAAGGUCACUGAUGUUCCAUACAGUCACAUCAAGCAAUUCACCAGCAAUCUUACAGAGGAGAGCAAGGGACGUAUUGCAUCCUAUGAGGAGAAAGUUGACACCCUGCUAUGGUUCUAUGAGGAUCUGCAUUGCCCUAAGGUGGAUGAGGUGAUUUGCCGUCGUAUCUGUGAUGGUGAGGUGGUGAGUCUUCCUACAGGGAAGUUGAUGGAGAGGUUACUCUUAAUGAAGACCAGAAAUAUUGGCGCCAGUGUUCUUGAGUCUCUCAUCCCAGAGGCUGCAAAGAGGCUCAAAGCUAUGAAGCUUUCUCUGGAGGCACCUGUUGCUAUACUUGGUGAUCGCUCACCUUCCAUGGAGGUUGCCAUCAAGACCAGUACUAUUGUAGCAGGUCUGCUAACUGCCAUCACAGAUGCUAAACUCUCAUUCUUCUCAAAUAAAGACUAUGUACCUGAAAAGAUCCCAAAGACUAUUACUGAGGUGUUGGAGAUGGCAUCUACUCUGAAGACUGAUGGUAUGACAGCCCCUGCAGCCAGUCUUUGGCCUUACUAUAAACGCAAGGAAGUAAUCAAGACAUUUGUAGUUGUGACAGAUGAGGAGGAAAAUGGGGAGAACAAUGGUUAUCGCUUCCUUCCUCUGUUCAAGAAAUACCGGGAGGAGGUUUACGCUGAUGCCAAACUAGUCUUCAUCUCCUUCCUGUACAGCCAGCAUGCUGUUGGUCAGAUGGUCAGUGCUCUGAUUGCUGAUGGUAUCCAACCCAUGCAGUUCAAGUUCAGCAGAAGCCGACCUGAUCUGACCAAGCUUGAUAGUAUUCUGGGUCUACUGUCCACCUCAACAGGUGAUUUCAAGAUGGAGGUGGAUCGCAUUGCUAAAGAGCUCACUGACACCCAGGCCAAUGCCCAGAAUCAGGUUGAACCAUAAAUACUAAGAAUGCCCAUGUAGCCUUAGGUAAAGCAAGAAAUGUAAUUGAUGGCAAACUUUGUGAACGAUUGGAAAGUUUGUCAUCAAUUUUAAUCUUUGCCAUUGCUAGAUCAAUUUUAACUAAAAUUCACAGAUUUAAUGUUUGCUUGCCUCUAAAAGUAGGCAAGCAUUGAUUGUAAAUUUUGUAAGUGAUCGCAAGACUUAUUAUUUAUUAUUGGACUUAGAAUUAACUUGAAAUUGAAUGCAAUUUUUCUAUCAGUGCUUCCCUUAGUUCCGCUUCACUGAUAUUAAACUACAAUAGACAAUGCUUUAAACAGAGGAUAUUUUGCUGCUUGUUUUCUUAAUUUGAAAUCACAUUUUGUUUUAAUCUCAGCAGCCCGUAAUCUGAAGUCUGGUUUAACUUAGGCCAUGGUCUUACUCUAACUCGUGCUAAACUUAAAAUUUCAAAAUUGCCUUUAUGUAUUAUAUUUCUUUUCUUUAUACUGUAUACUCAUGUGUUAAUAAUUAAGAGAACUGUUUCAGUAAUUAUUCCUGUCAGUUAAUUAAGAAUGAUUUGAGUUUUAAAUGAGCUGAUAAAAUGAACUUGUGAUGUUAGAGAUACUUGUCACAAUUGGCUAUCAGUAGUUAAACCAUGACAUUAGACCAGAGUUUAACUUAAACUUCAGUUCAGAAUACAGGCCAGUAUCAGUAUUCCAGAGCUCCGCCUUUGUACCUACCAAAAGCCCUAGUAAUGAUUUUGAAACAGUUCAAAACAUGUUUGGUUAUGUAUUUUUAUGUCUAUUAUAUAUUCAGGGGCCCCACAGAAUGGAUUUAAAAGGGGGGGUAGCCAAAUGUUGGGUCUGACCAUAUAGAAAAUCACAAUCAGAUGGUAAUUUGAACGUUUUUGUUUAUGUUUAUUUUUU